UGUGUGUUGGCAAAAGUUCCACCAUGAAGUGUGUGCUUUUGCUGCUUGCCGUUGCGUGCGUACAUGGAGCCCCUGCUGGGGGCCCACCGCCAAGUUCCUGCAAGGAUCCUGCUGCUAAUAGCAUUGCUGGACUGGCUUUAGAGAAGAUCAACCUGGAUCGUACUAAGGGCUACAUCUUGAGCCUGGAGCGCCUUAGGAACGUUCAGCAGACACGCCAUGGUGAAACUGGAGCAGUGUAUUAUUUAACAAUGGAUGUCCUCGAGACAAACUGCCAUAUCCUCAGUAAGAAGAACUGGAAGGACUGUGAAAACAGGAAUAUUGGAGAACACCAGGUUUACGGUCAGUGCAAGGCAGCGAUCUACAUAAACAAACCUCAAAGAGUCGUUCGUCUUUACAAAUAUAGCUGCAACAUCAGACCUGUUUCUGCCUCUAAAAUUGUCAGAGUAUGCCCUGACUGCCCGGUUAUGAGUUCACUGGAUAAUGAAGACAUGCUGAAGACGAUGAAGAUGGGCAUGGAGAAGUUCAACAAGGAGAGCAUGCUCCCAAACUACUUUGUUCCUCUUGAGCUUACAAGGGCCACCAUGCAGGGGGGAUUUGGUAUUUUCCGCAACGUAGAGUUCACCAUCCAGGAGAGCGUCUGCUCCAACAAAACCGACGUAGCUGAGGCCUCCAAAUGUGAAGUCAUGAGCUGCAAGUUUGCACACAAAGGUUUCUGCAAAGCUUCUUAUUCUAAUGUCAUGAACAAGGAAAGCCUAAGUGUUAACUGUGACAUCUAUGAACCUGAGGGUGCAGAGGAGGAAAAGCAGCUCCAUAUUCAAGGAGCAGAGGUGGAUCAUAACCAUAAAAAUAAUGUCAGUGCAACCAUUUCACAUGACCACUCACAUGACCACGCUCAUGACCACUCAGGCCCUCAUUUCCACCCCCCUGGUCACAAACAUGAUCAUCCACCUGGCCACAAGCACGAUCACAAGCAUAAGGAUGAGGAAGAGCACGCACACGAUCACUCUAGUGAUUCUGGCCAUCACCACCACCAUGAUCACAAAGAGGGUCAUGGCCACGCACACCCCCAUGACCACAAAGAGGGUCAUGGCCACAAACACCCUCAUGAACACGGUCAUGACCACAGUCAUGACCACGACCACAGUCAUGACCAGGACCAUGUCCAUGCCCAUCACAGCCUAGCCCACAACCACACAGAUGACCAGGGCGUUCACCCACCCCACCACAACUAUCAACAUCCAGAAGGUGAGACGCACGAGCAUGACCACGAGCUGGCGCUGGAUCAUGAGCACAAGCAUGGGCACCUCCAUGAGCAUGAGCAUCACCACCACCACCACCAGCAGCAACACAUAGCAGCCAAGAGAAAACCAGAGGGAACCGUCCGCGUCCACCCUGCCUUGGAUAAACCCACAACCCUUCCAUUCUUCCCUGACCCAUUUGAAGUACCCGAUCGGCCUACCAAAAUUGCCCCUCACCCUGACCCUGAGAUCCCAGGAGCAACUGAGCCUGUGAUUGGACGUUUUCCCACCACUGUAUCUCCCAACUGCCCAGCAGAGUUUAAGACCACUGAGAAGCUCCUCCUGGAGGCAUUUGCCGAGGAUCCACUGAUUAAUAAAAAGCCUGCCGCAGGAAAGGCCGUUAAGGUUCAGGGUUUGCUGGUUCAGAAAGCUGCUGAACAUACACUGACGUUUUUUUUAGUCUGUUCAGCUUCCGAUGAAGGAACUUUACAAGUGAAAAUGCUGCAGUUUAUUUUUCUGUCACUAGUAAGUUUUUACUUUCGGAAUGGCAUUGCCACCCCUGUACCAACCGGGUGCCUGGACGUAGCUAUAAUUAACACAGCUGAGGAGGUACUGGACCAUGUAAAUGCAGUCAGAACAGAGGGGUACAUUUUCUCCCUGAACAGAGUGUAUGAUGUCCAGCAAGAGCUGAAGGAGGGAGGGGUGAACAUUUUACACCUGACCAUAGAUGUGCUGGAAACAAAAUGUCACGUGAUCAGCAAAAAGAAAUGGAAGUCGUGUGAAGUAAAAGACAUCUCCAAUGUUCCAGUUUUUGGAACAUGCAGGGCAUCUGUCUCCAUUCGGCCCACCUUCACCUUGCAUAACUUUAGCUGCACCAUCCAGCAAGUUCCUGCUACUGCCAUUGUUGAGACCUGUCCAGACUGUCCAACAUCAGAGAGCCUGGAUGAUCCAAUAGUUGCAGAGACAGCAAAACUUGCUCUACAAAAGUUCAAUAAAGAGACAGCCAUGCCCAAUUACUUUGCUCUUCUGAACAUAACAGGAGCGAGUAUGCAGUGGGUUGUUGGUCCAGCCUACUUUGUGGAGUUCAUCAUACAGGAGACAGAUUGUGCCAAAGCCUCAACUGAUGUUGAUUUGACUCAGUGUCAGCCAAAGAAUCAGACAUCUACAAGAGGCUUUUGUACUGGAUCACACAUCACACAUGAUGAUGAACCUGAAAUAACCGUUUCCGAAAAAAACAGCUGGAUAAGUGGAUCACACACUACCAUUGAAGAUGCUAGGAAAAAGAUAUCCAUUGAAGUCAGCUGUUCAAUCUAUCAACAGACAAUCACUAAUGAGUCUGAAAGGUUUAAUGGGACAACAAAACAAUCAACAACAGUCCAAACCUCUGGAUCAGUGCUGGUUUUGCCCCCUCCACCUGUCCCACUGCCCCACAGAAUGCCAGCUGCUGCCAAAAACUGCCCUGGAGAAAGGAGGCACAACCUUUGUCUACGAUCGAUAAAACUGUGAAUGGAGUUCCAGUUAAUUGUUUUAUGCUACAUGUCAAUACCAGUUACUGCCAGUAAACACAUUUAUGCUAAAUAUUCUAUAUGUAGGUACUGUGCAUUGUAUUUUUAAAAGGAAUCAGACAGAAUCAGGUGCUGUUAUUAUUAUAUUAUAGCAAGAAAUCUAUCAGUGUACACCUCACUUGUAACUUUUCCCAAUGCCUUGCCUUGCUAAUACAGCCCUAAUCUCAUUACUGGUGCUUUUAUUUAAAAAUGUUUAUACCUUUUAACUAAAGUAAAUGUAAUAAAAGAAAUGUUCUUUAUCAAAAA